GCGGGGCCGCCCGAGCCGCCCGACCAUUCCCUCCCCGGGCGGCAAGGAGGAGCUGGUGGCGGUCGUCUCCCGGCUGUGGCAGCGGCGGCGGCGCGCCUGCCUGGCGGCCGUCGGCGUGCUCCUGGCCAUGGCGCUGGGGCUGCUUAUCGCCGUGCCGUUGCUGCUGCAGGCGGCGCCCCCCGGGGCGGCGCACUACGAGAUGAUGGGCACCUGCCGCAUGAUCUGCGACCCGUACAGCGCGGCACCAGGCGGGGGCCCCGCGGGCGCCAAGGCUCCACCGCCCGGACCCAGCACUACCGCCCUGGAAGUCAUGCAGGACCUGAGCGUCAAUCCUCCGCCCCCUUUCAUCCAGGGACCCAAGGGCGACCCGGGGCGACCCGGCAAGCCGGGGCCGCGGGGCCCCCCGGGAGAGCCGGGCCCACCUGGACCCAGGGGUCCCCCGGGGGAGAAGGGCGACUCAGGGAGGCCCGGGCUGCCUGGGCUGCAGCUGACGGCGGGCGCGGCCGGCGGUGUCGGGGUGGUGGGUGGGGACCGGGGCGGCGGCGGCGACUCUGAGGGCGAAGUGACCGGCGCGCUGAGCGCCGCCUUCAGCGGUCCCAAGAUCGCCUUCUAUGUGGGUCUGAAGAGCCCCCACGAGGGCUACGAGGUGCUCAGAUUCGACGACGUGGUCACCAAUCUCGGCAAUCACUACGACCCCACUACUGGCAAGUUCAGCUGCCAGGUGCGGGGCAUCUACUUCUUCACCUACCACAUCCUCAUGCGCGGCGGCGACGGCACUAGCAUGUGGGCGGACCUCUGCAAGAACGGGCAGGUCCGGGCCAGCGCCAUCGCACAGGACGCCGACCAGAACUACGACUACGCCAGUAACAGCGUGGUGCUGCACCUUGAUUCAGGGGACGAGGUGUACGUGAAGCUGGACGGAGGGAAGGCUCACGGAGGCAACAACAACAAGUACAGCACGUUCUCGGGCUUUCUUCUGUACCCGGAUUAGAGGCGCCGGGAGCGCGAGGUGGGGUGGCUUCCGGCCGCCCUGUGCCGGUGGGAACGCUCUGUUCCCUGGCGAGGACCUCUCCCGCUUCCUGACGCUUCCUGACAUCGUUGGAAAAGACACAUGCCUGCUGUCCUUCCCGCCCCGCUUCGGACCUCAGCGUGUCUGCGACUCGCCACGCUUUGGACUGUGCUCCUGGUCCCUCUCCCCAACCCAGGGCAGGAGAGGGGGACGCCAGAGUGGAGAAGUGAGCGUGAAUCUGAACCCCAGUGAGGCGGCAGCGCAGACUUUGCAAGCCUGAUCGGACUGGACAGGCCCGGAGGGACGCCUGCCCUCUUCCAGCCCCCCUCCUCCUAGGAGUGCCCUGAGACUGAGGGCUCCCAGCCCGGGCCACCCGAGGUAGGCCAAAGUGAGCACGAGCUCCCUGGGGCGUCCUCCUCUGUGACCUGAAAUA